GAAAAAAAUCGCUGCAAUGACGCACCUAUAGGUAUGUGUAGAUAUUUCAAUUUGACACAGCUGUGCUCAUUAAAAUCCACCUUCGCAUUGAAAAUCGUAAGGAAUUUCAAUCAAACAGUUGUACCUACUACCUUCCUAUCUGCAUAAUCAUUAUCACUAAACGUCUCACAUUAUCUGGAAGUUUUCUAAAAGAAAAAAAUAUGAUAACUAAAAUUUUAUUUUUUAUUAUACAUUUUCAGGCGAUUCGGUGGACAAUAUCUUGGGAUCCACUAAAUCCACUGGUACUGAACAAAAAUGGAAACGAGAUCUUAUUCCCACUUCGUGUAGAAAAAGUAGAUGGAGUAUCCAAAGAAAUCACAUACGUGGAUCCAAGAGACGAAUCUACAGUGACGUAUACGUUUUGUACGGACUAUUCUUCCCCUGGUGGCUUACUUGGCAAAUUGUUCAAAGAAGAUCCAAGUCGCAUUUGCCCCCACUCUAUGGAUUAUGAUCGAGAAGCAAUUAAAGAUCCGAAAGGUAAAACCGUUCUUUGCGGAAAUCAAAAUGAACAACUGGAUUCCGGGUAUAAAAUGUAUCGAGCUGAAGUCAAACUGAACAUUGAUGGGAAUACGUCUUCUAGCUUGACCUUUCCUUUAUACAAUUACUGCUUCGACGAUCAGCAUAAUUACAGCACAUUGUACGCCUAUUACGACUUGGGUAAUCCGAGUUUACUAAAAAAUCCACUUCUUAGCGACGAACGAAACCAUGCAUUUGAUCCGCUGACGUGGCCUACUUUCGAUCAACCGGAUGUGGAUCUUUCAAGGUAUUACAAAGCGCAAUCUGUUUACAUACCAUACGAAGUAGCUGUAUCAAAAUUCAUACCAUUUGCCAACUGGAGAAAAGCGUUCAUUCAGUGGCAUAAUAUUGCCCCAAUGAAUCAUCUUUUGCAAAAUCCUUGGGAAAAAUUUAUCGAGAAAAUAGCGUUGAAAUUAGCCGAGAAAACUGAGCAUAUUACGGUAUUAUCGGGUAUUCAUGGCAUGAAACGAAACGGAUCCGUGGAAUUUUUAUCCAAUAGUAAAAUAACAAUUCCGGAAUAUUGGUGGAUUCUUUUAUACAAUAAAGAUAAAACUCGAGGAAUUUCGCUCAUCAUGAAUAAUUAUUCUUAUGCUAAAGGACAACAUCAUGACCUAUUGUGUGAAGUAAGCGUCUGUGAUAAGGCUAAAUUGCAAGAAGCUAUACCACAAGAUGAAGAAAGUAAGCAUGUGGCAAUUUAUUGCUGCUCCGCUUCGACUCUUUCCUCGAAGGUUACUAUUUCUAGCGAUCUUGUAUCUGAAACCAAUGAGGUAGAGUUAUUGGUUUUUGACGAAUCAGUUUAGUGGACAGAAAAUAAUUAUGUAGGUACAUAGCUAUUAACUACCUAUUCAAUUGCAAAACCUAUCCUUAUUUAGUUUAUUCGAUAUUAUUUUAAGCCAUGUUUGUAAAUUAUAUAUAAGUACAUAUCAAUUUAUUUAUUCCUAGGGGGAUAAAGAUAGGAUUUGAUCAGCUCAGGAAAUUGAUAUUUAUUGGAUCUGAUCAUAUCCGGCCAUUUCCUGGAUGCAAUUUGGCCGGACCACCUGACCAGAUCUAAUCAAAUCUGGCCACAUCAAAGUUUUGAUAGGAUUAAGUCUGCUCAGACUCGUUUAGAUUCAAUUGGGGAGACUUGAUUGGAUCUGAACAUAUCUACCUAUGUAUAGAUCUGGAUUCGGCCUGAUCAUAACCAAUCAUUUUCCCCUGGGUUGGGUGUGUUGUAAUCGGCAGUUUUGUAGCGCUAGUUUUAUGAUAAGUAUAAUAGAGUAUUUUAAGAACAGAUGUUUAUUAUUAUAUUUAUUUAUCAUUCACUUACUAAUAAGUAAGUAAUUUAUAAGUUGAAAAUAUUUUGAAACAUUUCUUAUUCUGGACUUCAGUUUCUGAUAGGUUUGCACUCAAUUCUCAAUAAAAUAUUA